UGGUUGUUGUAGUAACCGGGAAGCAGCCGUCGGCGGCGGCCGUGAGCCCGGCCGGGGAAGGAGGAGGGCGGUAGGCGCAGAACGCGGUCCCCGCCUGCCCGCUCCGAGCCAUGGGAAGAUGAGACAGGAAUCUGUGCCACCCAAAUUGUUUGAUCAGGUCUCUGAGGCCCCCGUCUGCUGACUGCAUGACAAGCCCUAAAGGAAAUGCCAGUCGUGAUGGCCCGGGACCUGGAAGAAACAGCAUCAUCCUCAGAGGAUGAGGAGGUGGUAAGCCAAGACGAUCAUCCAUGUAUCAUGUGGACUGGAGGCUGCCGGAGAAUUCCAGUUUUAGUGUUCCACGCCGAGGCUAUUCUGACAAAGGACAACAAUAUUCGAGUCAUUGGAGAACGUUAUCAUUUGUCUUACAAGAUUGUGAGAACAGAUAGUCGACUGGUACGCAGCAUUCUGACAGCGCAUGGAUUUCAUGAAGUUCACCCAAGCAGCACUGACUAUAACCUAAUGUGGACAGGAUCCCACCUGAAGCCCUUCUUACUUCGCACCCUUUCUGAAGCACAAAAGGUUAAUCACUUUCCCAGGUCAUACGAGCUAACCCGGAAGGACCGACUAUACAAAAACAUCAUUCGAAUGCAGCACACACACGGAUUCAAGGCUUUUCACAUCCUCCCUCAGACCUUCCUGCUGCCCGCUGAGUAUGCAGAAUUCUGUAAUUCAUAUUCAAAGGAUCGGGGACCGUGGAUAGUAAAGCCAGUGGCCUCCUCUAGAGGGCGGGGCGUCUACCUGAUCAACAACCCAAACCAGAUUUCCCUGGAAGAGAACAUCCUGGUCUCCCGUUACAUUAACAACCCCCUGCUCAUAGAUGAUUUCAAGUUUGAUGUGCGCCUCUAUGUGCUUGUGACUUCCUAUGAUCCUCUUGUCAUCUAUCUCUAUGAAGAAGGAUUGGCUAGGUUUGCAACUGUGCGAUAUGAUCAAGGAGUCAAGAACAUUCGGAACCAGUUCAUGCACCUCACAAACUACAGUGUGAAUAAGAAGAGUGGAGACUAUGUCAGUUGUGAUGAUCCAGAAGUGGAGGAUUAUGGGAACAAAUGGAGCAUGAGCGCCAUGCUUAGGUAUCUGAAACAAGAAGGCAGAGAUACAACCGCAUUAAUGGCCCAUGUAGAAGACCUGAUCAUUAAGACUAUAAUCUCUGCUGAACUAGCUAUUGCUACAGCCUGUAAAACCUUUGUUCCCCAUCGCAGCAGUUGUUUUGAACUCUAUGGCUUUGACGUACUCAUCGAUUCUUCUCUGAAGCCCUGGUUGUUGGAAGUAAAUCUCUCUCCUUCUUUGGCCUGUGAUGCACCUCUGGACCUAAAGAUUAAAGCCAGUAUGAUUUCAGAUAUGUUCACUGUUGUGGGAUUUGUGUGCCAAGAUCCUUCCCAGCGGGCAUCCACCCGGCCAGUUUAUCCCACCUUUGAGUCUUCCAGGCGAAACCCUUUCCAGAAACCUCAGCGUGCCCGUCCCCUCUCUGCCAGUGAUGCGGAAAUGAAAAACCUCGUGGGUUCUGCCCGGGAGAAGGUGCCGGGGAAGUUAGGUGGUUCUGUGCUUGGUCUGUCAAUGGAAGAGAUCAGAGUUCUACGGAGGGUAAAGGAAGAGAACGACCGGCGAGGGGGAUUCAUCCGCAUAUUCCCGACAUCAGAGACGUGGGAAAUAUAUGGAUCUUACCUUGAACACAAGACCUCCAUGAACUAUAUGCUGGCAACACGCCUCUUCCAGGACAGGGGAAACCCAAGAAGAAGCUUAUUGACAGGAAGAACACGAUUGGCUGCUGAUGGAACAACAGAAUUGAAGGUGGAAAGUAUGAAUUCAAAAGCCAAGCUGCAUGCUGCUCUUUAUGAGAGAAAGCUCCUAUCUUUGGAGGUGCGAAAACGUAGACGGCGGAAUGGCAGACUGAGAGCAAUGAGGCCAAAAUACCCAGUGAUUACCCAACCAGCUGAAAUGAAUGUUAAAACUGAGACAGAGAGUGAAGAGGAAGAAGAAGUUGCAUUAGACAACGAAGAUGAAGAACAGGAAGCUUCCCAGGAGGAGUCUGCAGGGUCUCUUGGAGAAAAUCAAGGCAAAUACACACGCUCAUUGUCUGUUAUGGUAGAAAAUUCACCCAAAGAAAAUGCCAUGAAAGUUUCGGAGUGGAGUAAUAAAGGUGAACAAUGCUCCAAAAUUGAGCCUCAGGAAUCAGAGUCCAAAUUUAACCUGAUGCAGAUCCUGCAAGAUAAUGGCAAUCUCAGCAAAGUACAGGCCCGAAUAGCAUUCUCUGCCUAUCUCCAGCAUGUUCAGAUUCGCCUGAUGAAAGACAGUGGAGGGCAAACAUUCAGUGCCAGUUGGGCUGCCAAAGAGGAUGAACAGAUGGAGCUAGUGGUCCGUUUUCUCAAGCGAGCAUCAAGUAACCUCCAGCAUUCACUGAGGAUGGUCUUACCCAGUCGACGAUUAGCACUUCUGGAACGCAGAAGAAUCCUGGCCCACCAGUUGGGUGACUUUAUCAUUGUGUAUAAUAAGGAAACAGAACAAAUGGCUGAAAAGAAAUCAAAGAAGAAGCUUGAGGAAGAAGAGGAAGAUGGGGUGAAUUCAGAAAACUUUCAGGAGUUCAUCAGACGAGCAAGUGAGGCUGAAUUGGAGGAGGUGUUGACUUUUUAUACCCAAAAAAACAAGUCUGCAAGUGUCUUCCUGGGGACUCACUCAAAAAGUUCAAAAAACAACAGCAGCUACUCUGAUAAUGGGGGGAAAGGUGAUCAUCCUGAGACGAUGGAAGAAGUGAAAAUAAAGCAGCCUAGACAACAACACGCAACAGAAAUUCACUCUGAUAAAUUAUCUCGAUUUACCACUUCAGCAGAAAAAGAGGCUAAAUUAGUCUAUACAAAUUCUUCCUCUGCUUCUUUCUCUGGUCCUGCUGCUACUCUGCUGCAGAAAAUUCCCAACACCCAUUUGUCAUCUAUUAUUUCAACCUCUGACCUCUCUCCAGGGCCUGGCCACCAUUCUUCUUUAUCCCAGAUUCCUCCAGCUAUCCCCAGCAUGCCUCACCAGCCAGCAGUUUUACUGAACACAGCCCCUGACAGUGCUUCUCCCUCCAUGCAUCUUGGGACACAGAACGUACCAAGCCCCGCGGGCCUGCCACGCUGCCGUUCAGGCAGUUACACCAUUGGCCCCUUUUCCUCUUUCCAAAGUGCUGUACACAUCUAUAGCCAGAAACUGUCUCGUCCCUCUUCAGCAAAGGCAGCAGGUUCAUACCACCCAAACAAGCCACAUUCAGGAGUAGCCAAAACACAAAAGGAGGGAGAAGAUGGUUCUUUGUACAACAGACGGUACAACCCAACAAUGGUUACAGCUGAGCUUCAGCGGCUAGCCGAGAAGCAGGCAGCGAGGCAGUAUUCUCCAUCCACUCACAUCAGUCUCCUCACCCAGCAGGUAACAAACCUGAAUUUGGCAAGUGGCGUCAUAAACAGAAGCAGUGCUUCCACUCCCCCCACCCUUCGGCCUGUCAUCAGUCCCAGUGGCCCGACAUGGUCAAUACAGUCAGACCCGCAAGCUCCUGAGAGCCACUCCAGCCCUCCUGGAGGCAGGAGCCUCCAAACAGGUAGCUUUGCCUGGGAGGGCGAGGUAGAGAACAACGCGUACAGCAAGGCUACAGGGGUGGUCCCUCAGCAUAAAUAUCAUCCCACCGCAGGCAGUUACCAACUCCAUUUUGCCCUGCAGCAACUUGAACAACAAAAACUUCAGUCCAGACAACUUCUGGAUCAGAGUCGAGCCCGGCAUCAGGCCAUCUUUGGCAGCCAGACACUACCUAACUCCAAUUUAUGGACAAUUCACAAUGGUGCAGCGUGCAGAAUUUCAAGUGCCGCAGCCAAUGGCCAGAAGUCAACCAGUCUGCCACAAAAAGUGGUACCGCCUCCAAGUUCUUCCUCCCUCAUCCCUAAGCCCCCAUCCAAUCACAAACAAAUCCUCAGAAAGACAACAUCCCAGAGGGCUUCGAAAGGAUCCUCCACAGAAGGUCAGCUGAAUGGACUCCAGAGCAGCCUUAACUCUGCAGCCUUUGUGCCCAUCACCAGCGCCAUAGGAUCUUUGGAGGCUCCCCAAGUUAUUUUCGCCAGAUCCAAACCCUUGCCCACACAGUCUGGAGCCCUUGCUACAUCUAUAGGACAGAGCAAAUCAAAGUCGGUGAAAUCAGGGUCAAUAUCCUGCUCACACUAAAAGAUGAAUCACAAGCACGAGGAGGAAGACCCUGUUCACUGCUCCUGCCACUCCUGGGUGCGUGACUGAGGGGGAAGCACCCACCAGCGCUGCCGGGGUCCAUAGUAUUUUUUGGCUGCCUCAGUCCCCAAUCAAUGCCUUCCAGCAGAAGUGGCGGUAGAUUGCUGCCCAUCAGCCAGUCCAAGCAGGCAACACUUCAACUGGGUUUUGGUGGAACUUGGCUGGCAGCGGGGACAUUUCAUUGAUGCAUUAUAUACCCUGUCAGAGCACACGUGUCUCUUUCACCCUGUUACCCUCCCCCAACCUGCUUAGGUCCUCUGUCCCUCUCCUGCUACCACACAUAGAUGAUAUAAAAGAGGCUCUUUGGCUAUUUGCAUUUGCUUCCUCUUCUUUUCCGGGAUUGAGCUUCAUUUUCUACAGGCCUAAAAUCCCAACAAUAUUAUCUACCAAAGUUGUUCUUCCUUUUUCAGAGGUCUGGGGGACAGGGGGUACACAGGUUUCCCCGGGAGUGGAGGAAAGUCCGUGUGCUGUUGACCACAUGAGCCACGGUAAAGGCACCCUUUGGAAUUACUGAUUUCUAAAAUUAAUAAAUAAUUGUAUUUUUCUUUUCUUUUUUUUUUUUUUUCCCAAUUACUAAUUUCCCAACAAUCAGUAUUCACAAACAAGAAUGAAAUGGGACAACUUCUCAUCUUAUUUCAUUACUGGGCAGUUUUUUAAACUUCAUUUUAGAAAUGUGAGCUCUAAAGAAAUGUUUUCUUACAUUUUGUUUCAGCAGAUGGUAGGUUCAGGCUACUCCCAAGAGUUGCUCCCACACCAGGGAAGCUGGUCGUCAGUGCACGUGUCUCCAUUGUCAGGCCACAGGGCAUGUGAAUCUAUAGUUGCCCGUUGUUAUGUAAACAGCUCAUCAGGAUGAUGCUGCUCAGCACCUGACUGCUUUUUCCUUGACCCUUUGCUCGCUCACUCCCUCAUCUUUCCUAGGUCCUCUCUCUGGCUUCUGCUGGAGAAAAGGUUGCAAGGUGGUUACAGAGCCCACCGAAGGAUUGCCCCAGCUGCCCUGUUGAGUUAUUGGGUAAGAAUCCAGAAUCUAGGAUUUUUACAAGGUUCUAUAGACUCGGCAUUGAAAUCCCAAAAGAAAGAUGACACCCAAAAAGGCAGACAGGAAAAGGACUUUAUUGCCCUCUUAGUGGCUGAAAACAAAGGUUUGAGCCAUUGAAGGAAUGUGUUUGCUUAUGAAGGAUGAACUAUAUUGGAUGCAGGAGAGAAGAGAGAAUGUAUCCCAGAUGUUCCUGGAACUUCUGGCUAGUGGUUUGCUAACUUGGUUGUGAAUUGGUUAGGAGACAAAUCAGAAUUCCUUCGUAGUCCUCUGUUGAAAUACUGAGUUGAGGGAUAAGGGGUAUGGGGAGAAUCACCUAUAUGGAUCUUGUGAAAAAGGGUGAGAGGGUAUGAGCCCCGUAAAAGAACUUCUAGACUAUCUAGAGUGCUUGGAAUAGCCCUUGGUCACCGGUCAGAAUUGAAUCCUCAAGCUAAUUUCUUACUUUGUUCAUCGUGUGCUAACCAGGUAGAAGACCAGACUGGAAGCUUCCCCUUUUCUUUCACCCAAGUACUCUCAAAUCCUUCUACUAGUACCAGCCUUUUCUUGAUUAUAAACAUAAUAGAGUCCCUCCAAGAGCAGUGUCCCUCCCCAAAACAAGAGUGUAAUUUUGAGGAUGGACAGACAAUGGUUCAGGUUUCUGUAGUGUUAAUAAGUGCCUUGUGCAAUGAGAAGGUGGGACCUCAGCCCCUGCCCAUAUUUGUAUCUGCUGAUAAGAUUAGAACUCAAACAUAAAACAAACAUUUGGAAUCACAGUGUGUUCUGUUUUCUUUGGGAUACUUCAGGAGACAUAUCUCAUGGUUCAUUAGGAUGAAUCACAGGCCAGUAUUUUAGUGAUAUC